GCCACAUCUUAUUUUGUAUGUUUAAAGUUAUUAUGCACCUUCCCGACCUUGUUGGAACAAAAUAUGGUAUUGUAAUUUCGUACUGAAACUAAUUGAGCCUAACGGAAAUUUUGACAACUAAACACAUAUGUUUAAUUUCAAAAAGGAGGAUCUAAAAGAAUGCUUUCGGAGAUACUGUGGACUCAAUCUGCAGUGAAGGGCAUUACUGACUUUCAUACAUAUAUUUUUUUUCUGUUUUCUUUUUUGAUGCAGAUUUGAACAAUCGUUUCUAAGUGUGUUUCUAGCAUUGAUGUCUCUUGGGUCAUUUGUUCAGCUAUUUCCAUCUCUUGUUGACUUACCAAGUAAGCUUGUUUUUCAGGCAUGGUUGUUAAUUCUCUACACAGGUUUGGCUUUGCGAGAGAACAUACUUAGAGUGAAUGGAAGUGAUAUUCGCCCAUGGUGGAUAAAACAUCACUACUUCGCAAUGGCCAUGGCACUUAUCAGUCUCACUUGGGAGACCCAGAAGCAAAGAGGGGUGCAAUUGUUCCUUCAAUGGGCUAUCAUGCAAGGAGUUGCAAUGCUUCUACAAAAUAGAUAUCAACGGCAAAGGCUUUGUACACAUAUUGCACUCGGCAAGGUGUAAUUGAAAAGAAAAAAAAAAAAAAA